CAUGUUGUGUGGAAGGGGUCUGCUCUUGCUGCAUUGCAUUGUGGGAGGCCUCCAGAGUCACCAAUAAAUUAUGGCAGUCCUCCAAGUAUAGCUGAAACUCUCUUUUCAAGAAAGCUUAAUGGAAAAUACAGACUGGAACAUCUUAUUCCAACUGCUGUGUAUCAGCAUAUGAAAAUGCAUAAGCGAAUCCUGGGACAUUUGUCUUCGGUAUAUUGUGUAACAUUUGAUCGGACUGGCAGACGGAUAUUCACAGGUUCUGAUGAUUGUCUUGUGAAAAUCUGGGCAACAGAUGAUGGACGGUUGCUUGCUACUUUAAGAGGGCAUGCAGCGGAAAUAUCAGACAUGGCUGUUAAUUAUGAGAAUACCAUGAUUGCUUCAGGGAGCUGUGACAAGAUGAUCAGAGUGUGGUGUCUUCGAACAUGUGCUCCUUUGGCUGUUCUACAAGGACACAGUGCAUCUAUAACAUCUCUACAGUUUUCUCCCUUGUGCAGUGGCUCAAAGCGAUACUUGUCUUCAACCGGUGCAGAUGGCACAAUAUGUUUUUGGUUGUGGGAUGCUGGCACACUUAAAAUCAAUCCAAGGCCAACAAAGUUUACAGAACGGCCAAGACCUGGAGUCCAAAUGAUCUGCUCUUCAUUUAGUGCUGGUGGAAUGUUUCUGGCCACCGGAAGUACAGAUCAUAUCAUUAGGGUUUAUUUCUUUGGAUCAGGUCAGCCAGAGAAGAUAUCAGAGUUGGAGUUUCAUACUGACAAAGUGGACAGCAUUCAGUUUUCUAAUACUAGUAAUCGAUUUGUGAGUGGAAGUCGUGAUGGAACAGCACGUAUCUGGAUGUUCAAGAGAAGGGAAUGGAAGAGCAUUUUACUGGAGAUGGCUACUCGUCCCUCAGGGCAAACCCUACAAGGAGUAGAAGACAAAAUCACAAAAUUGAAAGUCACUAUGGUGGCAUGGGACCGUCAUGACAACUCUGUUAUUACUGCAGUUAAUAACAUGACUUUGAAAGUUUGGAAUUCCUUCACUGGUCAACUUACUCAUGUUUUACUGGGUCAUGAGGAUGAAGUAUUUGUACUUGAAAGUCACCCUUUUGAUCCCAGGGUUCUCUUCUCUGCUGGUCAUGAUGGAAAUGUUAUAGUAUGGGAUUUGGCAAAGGGAACAAAAAUUCGUUCUUAUUUCAAUAUGAUUGAAGGACAAGGACAUGGGGCUGUGUUUGACUGCAAGUGCUCUCCUGAUGGCCAGCAUUUUGCAUGUACAGAUUCCCAUGGACACCUUUUAAUAUUUGGGUUUGGUUCCAGUAGCAAAUAUGAUAAGAUAGCAGAUCAGAUGUUCUUUCACAGUGAUUAUCGGCCUCUCAUUCGUGAUGCCAAUAAUUUUGUAUUGGAUGAGCAGACACAACAGGCACCACAUCUCAUGCCACCUCCAUUUUUGGUUGAUGUUGAUGGUAACCCUCAUCCAUCAAGAUUUCAGAGAUUAGUUCCAGGACGGGAAAACUGUAGAGAGGAACAGCUUAUUCCUCAGAUGGGGGUAACUUCCUCAGGACUGAAUCAAGUUUUGAGUCAACAAGUUAGUCCUUUGGAUAGCAUGAUACAGCGACUUCAACAAGAACAAGAUCAACGUCGGUCUGGAGAGGUUGGAAACAGUAAUACAAAUAGAAUUGGCAGAGUAAACUCUACCUCAGAAGUGCAUUCACCACCAAAUGUGGGAUUAAGACGCAGUGGGCAAAUUGAAGGAGUUCGACAAAUGCAUAGCAAUGCCCCAAGAAGUGAAAUAGCAACUGAACGGGAUCUGGUAGCGUGGAGUCGAAGGGUUGUAGUACCAGAAUUAUCAGCAGGAGUAUCCAGUAGGCAAGAAGAAUGGCGAACAGGAAAGGGAGAAGAAGAAAUAAGAACAUACAGAGCAGAAGAGAGGAGAAAGCACAUUAUAAGCCAUGUUCCUAGAGAAAAUAAGAUACCAUCUUUGCCCAAAAACCAUUCACAUGAUCAUGUAUUGGAUGUUGGGGAUUCAAAAAAACAACAGGCCAACCAGCAUAACUAUCGAACCAGAUAUGCCUUAGAAGAAACUGUCAGGCCAAAUGAAGACAUUGAAAAUGGAAGCAGUUCCUCAGAGGAAGGAGAAAUUGUUGUUGCCAGUGGUGGAACAUCAGAAAAUGAAAGAAAAGCAUGGCAUAGUGAUGGUAGUUCUAGUGAUUAUUCUAGUGAUUACUCAGACUGGACAGCAGAUGCUGGAAUUAAUUUGCAACCACCAAAGAAAGUUCCUAAAAUUAAGACCAAGAAAGUAGAGAGCAGUUCAGAAGAUGAAGAAGGUCCUGAAAAACAGAGACAAAAACAAAUCAGAAAAGAAAGGAAAAAAGGUAUUGAAGAUAAAGAUGGUCCAUCAUCUCCAAAGAAAAGGAAACCGAAAGAAAGGAAGCAAAAGAGGUUGGCUAUGGGAGUGCUAACUGAAAAUGGCUUGACAUUAGAAGAGUGGCUUCCUUCAGUAUGGAUUACAGAUCCUGUUCCUCGACGAUGCCCUUUUGUACCACAAAUGGGGGAUGAGGUUUACUACUUCCGGCAAGGUCAUGAAGCAUAUGUUCUAAUGGCAAAGAAAAACAAAAUAUAUAGCAUUAAUCCUAAAAAACAACCAUGGCAUAAGAUGGAGUUACGGGAACAAGAGUUAAUGAAAAUAGUUGGAAUAAAAUACGAAGUUGGAUUGCCUACACUUUGCUGCCUUAAACUUGCUUUUCUUGACCCUGAUACGGGUAAAUUGACUGGAGGAUCAUUUACAAUGAAAUAUCAUGAUAUGCCAGAUGUGAUAGAUUUCCUAGUCUUAAGACAGCAGUUUGAUGAUGCAAAGCACAGAAGAUGGAAUAUAGGCGAUCGAUUUAGAUCAGUAAUUGAUGAUGCAUGGUGGUUCGGAACAAUAGAAAGUCAAGAACCUCUUCAGCCUGAUUAUCCUGACAGCUUGUUUCAGUGCUACAAUGUCUGUUGGGACAAUGGAGAUACUGAGAAAAUGAGCCCAUGGGAUAUGGAGCCUAUACCAAACAAUGCUGUAUUUCCAGAGGAACUUGGAACUAGCGUUCCUUUAACUGAUACUGAAAGCAGAUCGUUAAUAUACAAACCUCUGGAUGGAGAAUGGGGUUCCAGAACUCGUGAUGAUGAAUGUGAAAGAAUAAUUUCAGGGAUAAAUCAACUGAUGACUUUAGAUAUUGCUUCUGCUUUUGUGGCACCUGUGGAUUUCCAGGCUUAUCCAAUGUACUGCACUGUUGUUGCAUACCCCACUGAUCUCAGUACAAUUAAGCAGAGAUUGGAAAAUAGAUUUUACAGGCGACUUUCUACCCUUAUGUGGGAAGUUAGGUAUAUAGAAUAUAAUACACGGACAUUCAAUGAACCAGGAAGUCCUAUUGUCAAGUCUGCCAAGUUUGUCACAGAUCUCUUGCUGCACUUCAUGAAGGAUCAGGCCUGUUAUGAUAUAAUCCCACUCUAUAAUGCCAUGAAGAAAAAGGUCUUGUCUGAUUCAGAAGAGGAAGAAGAGAAAGAUGCUGACAUGCCAGGAACUUCCACUAGAAAGAGGAAGGAUCAUCAGCCAAAAAGAAGGCUGCGUAACAGAGCUCAGUCAUAUGAUAUUCAGGCAUGGAAGAGACAGUGUCAGGAAUUGUUAAAUCUGAUUUUUCAGUGUGAAGAUUCUGAACCUUUUCGCCAACCAGUGGAUCUUAUUGAGUAUCCAGAUUACAGAGACAUUAUUGAUACACCAAUGGAUUUUGCAACAGUGCGAGAAACGUUGGAAGCAGGAAAUUAUGAAUCGCCAAUGGAGCUGUGUAAAGAUGUCAGACUGAUCUUCAGCAAUUCCAAAGUUUAUACACCAUGCAAAAGAUCAAGAAUUUAUAGUAUGAGCCUACGCCUGUCUGCUUUCUUUGAGGAGCACAUUACUUCAAUUUUAUCAGACUACAAAUCUGCCUUACGCUUUCAUAAAAGAAGCACAAUUCAAAAGAAAAGGAGUAAAAGAAGUAGAAGCAGUUCUCUUUCAAGUAGUGCUGCAUCAAGUCCGGAUAGGAAACGAAGAUUAAUAAAACCGCAGCUGAAAGCUGACCUCGCCACUACACCUUCUUCUUCUGCGCCUGCACGUCCAACUUUAUUGAGAAACAUAGCAGCUCAGAUGAAUGGGAAAGUUGUUGACUCUGCGAGUUUGGUUCGAACAAGAAGUACUAGGGCAAUAACCGAAACAACUACCAAUGAACAACCUUCUACUUCUUCAGGUGGAAAGCCUGUAACUUUGAAGCCUAAUAGUGCCGCUACAUCAGGGAAAACAGUACUAGAAAAUUCUACCAAACAUUCCAAGAACCAGAAUGUUUUACCAGUCCCUAAUCAAGCCAAUUAUAUCCAUAACACUAGGAAUAAUACUGCAAGAGAAAAUUUAGAAAAAGAUAAACAAAUUAAACGUAAACCAAAAUCAGCUAUGGUCAAUCCACAGGAUUGCAAGAAUAAUGCAAUGGCUUUGGCCUUGGGAAGCAUCCAAGUAAAUGGACAUGGGGAGCAAUCUUCAAAACCUGUAUUUAAGAGGGGUCCUGGACGGAAACCCAAGAUUGAGACCAACAAUACGUGUGAAGUGGUGCACAAGAAAAGAGGGAGAAAACCAAAAACUCUGUUACUUGCUGAACAGAAACAUUCAGAGGAGCACAGAAACCAGACUACGAAAGAUUUGAUAAUGGAAGAAGCCUCUGUUUCUACUGCAUGCAAUUCUGUCUCUGAAAACAAUGUGAAGGAAGACUUGUUACAAAGAAAAGGGCGUGGUGGGAGAAAACCUAAAAGAAAACUACAGGAAGAUCAGCCAGAAUUUGAACUUACUUUUUCUCCUGAUCCUAAGAUUCAGACAAGAAGCAGGAGGAAAAAGACAGAUGAGCCUAUUGAAGAAGAGACUGAGGAAUGUAAAGAUUCUGAACCUCAUAUGAGAACUAGAAACCAAGGUAGGAGGACAGCCUUUUACAAUGAAGAUGAUUCAGAAGAAGAACAAAGACAACUGUUGUUUGAGGACACUUCUUUGACUUUUGGAACAUCUAGCAGAGGCAGAGUCCGAAAGUUGACUGAAAAAGCAAAGGCUAAUCUGAUUGGUUGGUAAUUUUGGCAUUUAAAAAUGCUAAUAAAUAGGUACAGUUAAGAAAUUCCUAGACCUAAGGGUAUCUGCUUUCUGCUGCUAUUUACAGAUGAGAAUAUGUUCUAAUAUGAUAAAAUAUAGCAAAAAUAAACUGAAAAUUUCUUGAAAGAAGUAUGUAUUUUAAACAACUGCUAUUUAUUGUUCUCCGAAUAGGUUAUGCAUUUCAAUUCAGUAUGUUCAGUUGGUAUAAAUACAAUUCUUGAUUUCCAGAAAUGUUACUGUAAUUUUGAGCAGUACAUAAACCUCUAUUUGAAAAGUAGAAUUUUUACUGUAAAGAUUGAGAACAGAACUCCUAUUUUUGAAUGAGCAAGGUACAGUACAUUUGUAUAGAUUGUAGAGAAACUGUAUUUGCAAAAUGAUAAGAGUAUGGCACUAAAUGCCAUAGAGAACAAAAUUACCAAAUUUGCUAAUUAGGUACUACUUAUUCAAUAGUGAUUGGGCACAGUUUUAUACAAACACAGGGCAGAUCAUUUUAUCUAAGUUCUGCCAGAGAGAGAGAGAGAUCACAUAUAUAGAUAUAUAGAUAAAUAUAUAUAUAUAUAUAUAUCCACAUUGGAAAAAGUUUGACUAAUACGUCUAAUUUUUCAGACCUUCAUUCUUGUACCAAUCAUAUAUCUCUGUUUAUUGUGCCAAAGACUGAGAAACAGAAUAGAAAAAAAAAACUUUUAGUAUGAGUGCAACAUGAUAUUUUCAAUUAUAUUUAUCACUCCUUGUUCAAAGUAUACAUUAUUCUGGAAUAUUACCUCUACUGGUAUGCACUGGUAGACUCUUUUGACAGAUAUUGAAACAAAAUAUAAUUUGAUUAAAGGGUUCAGUUGAGCUGCAGGAAAAGUGUGAGACUCUGAUGUUUAUGUUAUGAUCAGAUCGAUUGCUUCUAUGAAUUGUGUUAAACUGACAAAUUAUUUUCAAAAGAAGUUGAUGUGUAUGUAUAUAUUGAGUAUAUACACGAGCACAUAAAAUUAAAUUACCCAGGUAUAAUUUUCUUUCAGGAUUUUUUAGAUUGCUCUAGAAUAUUAAAAAAUUUAAAUGUCAGACUUUAAGGGGAAGAUUGGUUGUUUUUCAUUAUUAAAGAUAAAAAGGCCAAAUCACUUUUUAUGCAAUCAUAUUUUAUACAGUGUUCUCAUUGCACAUUGUUUUUCUGCACUUUUUACAGUAUACUUAAACCAAGCUGACAUGAGUCAAUAUAUCCAUCUUAAAGGAAAAUCCCACUUUAUGAUUGUGCCUUGUAUUCUAUUAUUUUGUGCAUCUUUUGUAAUCUUAAGUUGUCUAUUGUAAAUGAUGACUGUAUGACUUAGGGGAAUGUAUUGCUGUAUGUACUGCUACGGAAAAAACAGUUAUUUAUUUGUUUAUGGUACAUUUACUUAUUUUAUCCCUUUUAAAACCUUAAUACAAUUUUUAUUGUUUAAAAUCAUAGUCCAUUUAAAAAUAACAGAGUAAAACAGUUGUAUGGUACAAAAAUGUAACCACACUUUUACUUUAACAUUCUUGCAGGAAAUGGGAGAUGUGCAAAAGAUGGCAAUUUAAUU